CGCGUCAACCUCCGUGUGCCCAAAUUCCCCAUUCCCUCACCUCGCCGAUCCACCGCCGCGACCCGCCAUGCCGGCUGCCGCCGCCGCGCCCGCUCCCGCACCGCAUCCUCCUCCGGCGAGCCUGGACGCGCGCACGGGCGGCCGCAUCCUGCGCCGCGCGGCAGGGCACCUCCUCCACCCUGCCUCGCUCCCGACGCUCCUCCUCGCGGCGCUCCUCCUCCUCCUCUUCCGCUCCGCGCUCCUCGCCGGCACGCUCCGCCUGGCCUCCUUCGCCGACCGCGACCCGGCCCUCCGCUCUCUCCUCGCCCGCCUCUCCCCUCCCACCCCGCCAUCGCCGCCGCCUCCCCCGCACCACCUCCCGCGGCGCCGCUCCCCGUUCACCUCCUCCUCGUCCUCCCUUUCCGACGACGAUGUCCUGGUCGGCCCCCUCGAUCCCGCGGCCUCAGCCCCCUCCCGACGCCGCAACGCCUCCUACCACCAUGUCCUAUUCACAUCCUACUCCUCCGCGCCCAAACCCUACCCGGUGCCGCUCCCCAACCCGAUCCCCGGCUCCGCCUCCCCCUUCUUCCUCGCCGUCCACAACGAAUCGGCGCCGCCGAAGCCCGCCUCGCCACGGGGCAACGAGCUCCGCUUGCUGGACUUGACCCGGCGCGACGCGGCGGCAAUAAUCAACCUCCUCGCGCUGCUCUCCUCCGCACACGUUCUCGCGAUCCUCGGGUACAUCGCCGUGCACUCCACCGCACUUGGCGCGGUGUUUGCGUCCGUCGCGGGGCGGCACGUGCAGGGGCAGCGGCGAUGGUUCAUCCUCGCCGGCGCUGCCAGGGGUGCUAGGCGGCUCACGGGAUUCGCGUUCCUCCGGUGGGCGACCCGGGAUGCCGUUGUCCAGAUGCUGUGUCUCUGGUUCUUCGCCGAUGUGCACGAUCAGGCCCAACUUUUCAGGCUCUUUGUGGUCGCCAAGCUCAUGCCAUUCUCGGCAUCCGUCAACCCAUGGCUUGCUGCAGCAGUUGCAGGCCCAGAACUCGAUGGUUUCUUCGUCGCGUGGGCUGUGCUUGAUGCAGUCAUCUCGGUGUUGUUCACUGUGGUGCCAUGGGUGGUUGUCAUGGACCGUGAUCCGCGGCCACCUGGGCGCAAUGCUGUGAAGGAAGGGUGCUAUCUUGUCUCUCUGAUGGCAACCGAUGCCACAUUGCUCAAGUGCUGGGAGACAGUUGUGUGUGGCAGCAUGGGGCGGCUCAUCAUGGUGACAUUUGGUGGAAAGGUUCUUGGUGGAUUUCUCCAUGCGAUUGCGGAGGUUUACUUCAUGGUGGUGUGGCUGUUGUUCUACUUUGCGGCAAGGUGUAAAGAGGUGCGGCUGGGGGGCCGUCAGUUUGGACCGGAGGAUGUUGCAGCUGCUAUUGAUGGAUUUAGGUAGUGGCCAGCUGCUGGUGGCUGCUUGGUUCUCAACGCAUGAGAGGUAUAUUUCAUGCCUCAUAGUGCUCAUUGAUGACACACUACUGGCCUUGGCGAAGUAGUUGUUUUUUCAGUUCUCUUGAUCUUCUAAAUCUUGCUGGGAUGGUACAUGAUUCAGAUGAGGAAAAGAGAACUUGACAAUGUUGUAUGUACAGUUUUUUGCUCUCUGGGGGUGUAUUUCACGUAUAGACACACCAUGUGAUAGGUGUUGUAGCUCCAACAUGAUUUGUGAAGUUUAUACAUCCUACGGUCUGCUAGCAAAGUUUUCCUUGGUGUUAUGAAAGGCUGAAGCUUGUGAUGGUGUCUGUUCAUCACCGGUGAAACUGUUGAUAUGCACCUUGUAUGGAACAAUAAUAUUUUUUCUCCAAUAGAUGUGAUAGUGUAAUCACAAAUGAUCAGAAAACCUCUGCAAUUUGCAGAGAGUACCCAUGA